UCCGGAAAGUCAUAAUGGCAGCUUCCGGUAACAUCAAAUCGGACUUUGGACUUCCCGAUUUAGCCUCCCUCUCUGAAUCGGAAAAGAUUCAGGUUUUGGCAGUCAUGCAGAAAGCUAAAGAGUUUGAUAUGAAAGAAGAUGCAAAGAGUAAGACAUGGCGACCAAUGGAAGGGCAACUUACAAAGUUUACAAAUGUAAUGAAGGGAUGGUUACACCGGUGGUUUAUACUCGACCCAGAGUCUGGCAUGCUGGAAUACUUUGAGAAAGAAGAACAUAAAAAACAGAGGCCCCGAGGUUCCAUCCAUCUUGCAGCAGCUGUGAUAUCACCGUCAGAAGAGGACUCACAAACUUUUGUUGUUAGUGCGGCUAAUGGGGAAGUCUACAAACUUAGAGCAAGUGAUGCCAAGGAGAGACAACAAUGGGUUGACAGGUUGAGAGCUACCUCAGAACAUCAUACAUCUUACAUGGCACAGUGCAUUGACUUUGAGAGCAUGAAGAAGAGAAAGCCUAAGACUGGUUUAUUAAUGAUACUACAUGAUAAACUGAAUGUGCCAGCCGUUCACCGUGAGGUUCGAUCUUCAUCCACCACUAUGGUGCAGAGUGGCAGUAGCACGUCUGUGGCUUCACAGAGGCAGAAGAAGGGUUCCCAUGGUUCCAAUGAAAAUAUUAAUCAAACAACUCCAAGGUCAGCAGCAGUGACCAAGGCACCAAUGGCACACCCACACACUAUAGAUCCAUUCAAGGAGGUAAAAGAAUACAUGAUGGAGGCUGAGGACUACUCUGCAAGUCUGACAGAAAGAAUCAGUGCAUUACCUCAGACAGGACAACAGAUAAACAGCCUUGAUACAGAUAUGCUGUUGAUCAGGGCAACAACGUCGGCGACGCUACAGUGUCUCGGCCAGUGUCUUACCAUGUUACAACAGAGACAGAAUCCUCAGAAUGACCAUAGUUUAAAGAAAAUGAUGAAGAAAAAGGAGGCUUAUGGUGUAUUACCGUCCGUCCAUUCAGUUACUAGUGCAUCUGUAGACAUAAGUCCUCGUCUUGACACAAGAACUUGCAGUAUUGCUGAUUCCAUUCCUUCCCCUACCGGUAGUUUUACGUCUGCUGCAGAUCUUCCGUUUAUUCUACCGGAAAGUUCUCUGCCAGAGGGUCCAAUAAAUCACGAGGAAGAGUUGGAGGAUGAGGGAGAAUAUAAGGACAAAGACCUUGAAGGAAUGGAAGAACAUAAAUCUAUCAUUUUACAUCUAUUAUCACAGCUGAAGUUAGGCAUGGACCUUACCAAGGUUGUGUUACCAACAUUUAUCUUGGAGAGACGAUCAUUGUUAGAACUGUUUGCAGAUUGUAUGGCUCACCCUGAUGUGUUCUUAAAAAUAACAAGUCUACCUGAUCCGGAGGAUCGUAUGAUGGGUGUAUUAGAGUGGUAUCUUACAUCAUUCCAUGCUGGAAGGCAGGGCUCUAUAGCAAAGAAACCUUAUAACCCAAUAAUAGGGGAGACAUUUCAUUGUUCGUGGAAAAUACCUCCAAAGCAAGAAGGGUCAAAAGGUGACCAAGGAGAACCAUGUUUGAUGACGUACACAGCAGAACAAGUGUCACAUCAUCCUCCUGUUUCUGCAUUCUACUUUGAGUGUCCCAUGCAUAAUGUGUGUAUAAAUGCGUCUAUAUAUACCAAGUCAAAGUUUAUGGGGAUGUCUAUAGGAGUUGUUAUGGUAGGAAAAGUGGUCCUCAAGCUUCUAGACUUUGAUGAAGAGUAUGUGUUCAGUCUACCGAGUGCGUAUGCCAGAUCUAUACUGACCACACCAUGGGUGGAGCUCGGUGAUAAAAUUCAGAUGACAUGUCAGAAAACUAAUAUGAAUGCAUCAGUUGUCUUUCAUACAAAGCCUUUCUAUGGUGGAAAAUUACAUCGGGUAACAGCAGAAGUGAAGAAUGGGAACACUGGCAGUAUAUGUUGUAAAGUACAGGGAGAGUGGAAUAGCCAUUUUGAAUUUACCUAUGCAAAUGGAGAAACAAAGGUGAUAAAUGUACAUGAUAAUCAUAUCUGGAGAAAGCGGGUUCGACCAGUGGAAAAACAAGGAGAUUUUGAAUCACGGAAACUAUGGCAACAUGUCACAAAUGCCCUCAGAGUUGGUGAUAUCAACACAGCAACUGAACACAAAAAAUUUCUUGAAGAGAGACAGAGGGAAGGAGAGAGACAUAGAAAAGACACAAAUACUCAUUUCCCGACAAAGUACUUCAAGAAGAUUGGAGACACAUGGAUGUACAAAGAUAUGCUGCAGAAAAAACAAAAAUCAUAGAAUAUUGACAUUUAAGAUGACACAAACACUGUGUGUAAUACUACAAGAAUGCUUUCUAGGCCUUUAUUCAUCACCAUUAUAAACCAGAAAAAUUUUCAAAAGUCAUAUUUUAUUAAUUCUUUAUCUGUCAUAAUUUCUGAGAUUUGUUUGCAUAAUACUGUAGCUGAACAGUUUGAGUUAAGGUAGUGGACCUGUAUUGAGAGUCUGCAAGAUAUAUAUUCUCGUCGGGCAGUUUCGGAUUUGUCGGAGUUUUACAGAAAGCCAUGUAUAGAUUGAGAUAUAUUUGCGCCUGAAGAAUGCUGAAUUGCCUAACUGUAAUAUGUAAUCUCCCAGAAAUUGCUGAGUGUCACGGGUCUAAACCUUAACUGAAAUAUAAGGGGAUCCUAGGAAAGCUUAGAAUGCAACCAAGCAAAAUGGUAGCACACUUAGUUUGAUUGAGUCUGUUAUAAAGAAUGAUUGAUUAAGAAAUAAGGUAUUACUGCACAUGAUAGCCAUGUGUGUUAUCCCAGGCUGCCACACAGCCAUGCCUUUCAUUGGGCACUAGUCCUGGAUGUCUGUUUACCUUGAAGCAAACUUGAAAGUGAUAAAAGUGACUGUCUAGGUUUUUGUUAAAGUCUGUCUUUAAUAAGUCUUACUUGAUUGAUUAAGAUAUAAAAGGUUAUUUGACAUCUGGUGUAAAGUUUUAACUUAUUUUGUCCUUGAUGCUACCUAUCUUGUACAACUCCAGUCCUAUCUCUCAGAUAAAAGUGACUGACUAGCUCUUAUUUGACUGAUUAAGAUGUAAAAGGUUAUUUGACAUCCGAUGUAAUAGUCUUAUAACUUACUUUGAUUGUCCUUGAUACUACCUCUCUUGUACAACUCCAAUGAGUGAAUAUAAAAUUUCUGGCUUAAAAUGUUGAAGAAUAUUUGGCACUGUCACGGAGGGAAUGAAAUGAAGUCUUAAACACAAGGAUCAUUGAAACAUUAGAAGUUUAUGUCACUGUAACCUUACUAUGCAAAAUCAUGUAAAUGUAUUAAAAUGCUUUAUGUAGUAAAAAGCAAACAGCUGCUACAAAAGACACACACAAAGCUUGCUUUGAUUGUGCUUCAUUUUCUUUUGUGUUCAGUAUCUUAGAAACUUUGUAGAGAAUCAGCAUUAUAACAUAUCUGGAUGACUACCAUUUGAGCAGGCAGUGCUGUACCAACAUGUAAAUCUCUUCUCCCAUUGAGUAGUUAUAGUAAGUGCUAUGUUUAGGUAACCUGUUAAUUCUUUCUGCGAUUGAGCAGGCAGUGCUGCAUUUAGUUUUCCUGAAAAUCAUUUAGCAGGCAGUUUUACAUAUGGUUAACCUGUAAAUCUGUGUCCUGACUUUUAUGACUUAUGUUUUUCUUGAAUUGUUAUGUUAGAAUAACGUUUUUUUCUCUACAAAGUUUUGUUAAAAGAAAAUUAAUUUCUUACUACUUUAGGAUAUUGAAAUGUGUUUUACAUUUUGCAAUAUAUAUUUUGAUAAGUGAUAGGAUUUAAACUGCAUGUGUGUCUUUAACUCGUAUCAUGCUGGACAUGACUGAUUCUGCCUUAAAUUUGCGACCACUGUAGAUCAUGAUCAGCCUGCACAUCUGUGCAGUCUGAUCAUGAUCUGCACUGUUUGCCAUUCAGUCAGUAUCUUUUGGUAAGCACCCCUUUUAACAGUUAAUGGUACUAUCCAAAUUGGAAGAUGUUCAAGUUCAUUAUAAAAAUUUAGCAGUGUAAGGGCUAAAAUGCGUACAAUCGUUCUCGCUAAGUCUUGUCCUGAAAGUGUAUUAUGUUCCAUUUUUAGUCUCGAAAGCUAAGCUAACAUUGCCAAAUGUAUUACUAAUAGCUUUGUUGCAAUGAAUGAAUGCAAAUUGGCAUCCUGUUUCAACAAGCAAAAUUUUUUCAAUAGAGAUAUCGGGAUGUUUAUUUCUGAGAAUAUUUUUGAGGAAACCAAGGUCUAAGGUUAUACAGUUGAGAUAGAAGACCAGUCUCAAAUUCUAACAUCUGAUAGGUGUUCUCAGAUCACAGUUUUGAAAUUGACCAAUGGCAAAGUAGCAUUUCAGGGCUGGUCUUCAAACUCGGUUUUAUAACUUUUAACUUUGCUAUAGCGAGAUUUGUGAUAUAUCAGCAUGCCAAAAUAAUGUCUGCUUUUAACUGGCCAGCUAGCUGAAAAAAUUGUGUAAUGUUAAUGCUCAUAGUUUACAAGUAAAAAUGGCAUUACUAGGUUUAUUAUAUUUUUUGUGUCGUAUCUUUUAGUUAGUGUAAAUAUUGUGAAGGGGAAUACUCGUAUAUCUCAAGGAUUCAUUAAUCAUAAAGUAUUAUAUAGUCAAACCUGUGUUAAAGGCCACCUAGGGUGUAGGGCCAUUUGCUAGUUCUUCCCAACAGUGGUCUUAGACUGUAGUGCAGUUCUGUCUCAUCACAUCAUAUGAUAAUAAUUAUUUAUUUGCUUUUGUUCUCGUCGAAUUAUAUGAUAAUCUUUGUGUAUUUUAUCUGUUUUGUAUCAUAAAAUCAUACUGUUAAUAAUAAAACAAGAGCCAUGUUAGACAUGGCCAAUCCCCCGGCCGGGCAUAUUGUAAUUGAAGGCUAAAGUUCCUGGCAAGUUAGUGUCUGAAAGUAUUAAUUUUGGGGAAAGCUUUGAAGAACCAUUUAGUUGUGGUUCGCAUCAGGGGUUUUAAAGAUGUGGAAGAAAGAAUAAGUCAGUGGUGAGGUGGUUUACUGCUAAAUUUUAUUAAUUUUCAUGAACAGUAUAGCUAUGAUGUUUUUCUAUUUUUCUACUGUAAAAAGAAGGAAUGGAAAGUUAACAGGGAACACGAGUGCCAGAAUGUCACAAUAUAUGCCCGUCGCAGCAAACUUCUUUACUCUAGCAGCUGUAUUUGCAAAUGGAAUUUUAAUUUUGUGGUUGUUUAGUAAUCAUUGUAUGUCUUUUGUUUUUCUAAGUCCACAAAAAAACUCCUUACCAGGUAGAGAUAUCUUAAAAUACACCUAAAAUUAGAAAAUAACAUCCAUGUUGUACCACAGAAAAGUGGUCUUGUUUUUUUCCCUACGGUCAAUUAAAAAACAGUUACAGUAUAAGUUAUUUAUAGUAACAACUAAGGGAAGUUAAAAAAAAAAAAAAGAAAUUGUAAGUCCACACAAAAAUCUUCACCAGGUAGAGAUUGGUCAAAAUACACCUCAAAAUUGGAUGUAGCGUGCAUGUUGUAAUACAGAAAAGUGGUCUCGAUUUUUCCCUACGAUUAGUAAUGAAAAAGUUACAAUAAAAGCUAUUUAAAGUAACAACAAAGGGAGGUAAUUCUAAAGAAGGGAACUGCGCAUGACACUUCGUCUCAUGAUGGUGUAUAAUAGUGCCAAGUUACAUCAAAAUCCCUCCAUGCAUGAAGAAGAAAUGCUUCGGACAAAGUCAUUCUUGUAUCUGACCUUUGACCUCUAAGUGUGACCUUGACCUUAGACCUAGGGACCUGGAUCUUGCGCAUGACACUCUGUCUCGUGGUGGUGAACAUUUGUGCCAAGUUAUAUCAAAAUCCCUCUAUGCAUGAAGAAGAAAUGCUCCCGACAAGGUUUUCAUUAUUGUAUCAUUUAACAUCUAAGUGUGACCUUGACCUUAGACCUAGGGACCUGGUUCUUGCGCAUGACACUCCACCUCGUGGUGGUCAACAUUUGUGCCAAGGUAUAUCAAAAUCCCUCCAUGCAUGAAAAAGAUAUGCUCCGGACAAAUUUUUUAAAGAAAAUAUGAUAAAGGGGAAUAACUCAAAAAAUAGCAAGAUAGAGUUAUUGUUCUUGCACACUGCACUUCCUCCCAAUGUGUUCUAUCAGUGUAUGACGUUUGAAGAAAAUCCCUCCAGUACUUUCGGAGUUGUGCUCCGGACAAAAUUUUUUAAGAAAAUAAGAUAAAGGGGAAUAACUCAAAAAAUAGGCAAGGUAGAGUUAUUGUUCUUGCACACUGCACUUCCUCCCAAUGUGUUCUAUCAGUGUAUUAAGUUUGAAGAAAAUCGCUCCAGUACUUUUGGAGUUAUGCUCUGGACAAAAUUUUUUAAGAAAAUAAGAUAAAGGGGAAUAACUCAAAAAAUAGGCAAGUUUAAGUUAUUGUUCUUGCACACUGCACUUCCUCCCACUGUGUUCUAUCAGUGUAUGAAGUUUGAAGAAAAUCCCUCCAGUACUUUUGGAGAUAUGCUCCAGACAAAGAUUGUUGCGGACGCACGCACGCACGGACGGAGAGCAUUUCUAAUAUCCCCUUCGCCUUUGGCGGGGGGAUAAAUAAACACAAUCCUCAUUCAGUUUUAUGAAAACGAGAAAGGUUUUGUUUUCUUUGUUUGUGAUAAGUAAAUUUUAAAUUUUUCUGUGGGUUAACUGGCAAACAUACAAAUGACGAGACAGUUGCUGAAAUGGAGAAGGUUGUUAACAUGAAAUAUACACAAUGAUUUUACAUUUCAAUGUUACAGUAUGACACGAGACUGUUACUAUUUAUUCUUAAUUUAGAACAAAAUUAUAAAACUUCCUUUUGUAUUUAUGCAUGUACAGUUGAUUGUUUUUAGCAUUAGUGUACAGUGCAGCCAAAGACAUUUAGUCAGACCCUUCUUGGUUAAUAGUAAAAUACAGGAACUUUGUUUUGAAGUUGUGUGUUAUACUUGUAGUAAUAGGUAACUUAUUUCUUAGUGGUACAAGUAUCUUGUUAAUGAAAACAAUAUUAUUGACUGUGAUCAAUUACUGCUGCUUCAGAAUAUUGUCUGUCAAUAACUCUGUGACACAUGUACUGUGUUUUUAAAUUGGGACUUUUUUUGUUGGCUCCACUGAAGUUUUGUCCAAUCUUAAUCAAAGUUGGUCAAAAUAAUCCCCUCACAAGUUUGAAACUGGGUAAUAUGCAGUCAAAAACUAGGUCAGUUCAUAGAAAAUCUGUGUUGACAAUCUACAGGCUAUAUUUUCUACCUGAACUUCACUAGGUCAACUCAUAGAAAAUAACAUGUUUAUACUCCAGAGGAUGCAUUUUCUACUUGAUGAUCAUAACCGUUUUCUCACAUUGUGUGUCUAUGAAAUCUAAAUUAACUUCAAAAUCGGGUUACCAGAGUUAAAAUACUAUGCCACUGCAUUAAGUCAUAGAAAACCCAUGCUUAAAUGCUGAAGGCCACAUUUUCUGGUCAAUCAUACAUCUUUAUUAGAAUGUUUGUCAUCUCUGUCAGAAAACAAUGGCCCAACUGCAAAAUAUUUCACAGAUACUUAGACGGGGAACAUACCUCACUAGCGUAGUUGGCAUUAAAUAAAUUUAUAUGAUUACAUAAAUAUAUUUUGCAACAUGAAUACAAAAUUAUUAAUAAGCAGAGCCCUCAGCUAAUGGGUGAUUAACCAUUGAAAACCUGAGUUAUUAGAUUGGGGUAUGUUGUUGGUCGGGCGGGCGGGCGGCGUCAAACUGGUGUUUCCGGUCAAUAACUUUUGUUUCGGUAAAGAUAUUUGAAUAAAACUUGGUAUGUAUGUAGCUUAUAUCAAGACAAAGGCUGGGAUUGAUUUUGGGGUUUCUGGGGUCAAGGUCACUGUUACUUAAAAUAGAAAAGGGUUUCCGGUCAAUAACUUAACUUAGGAAUGAGCUAUCAUGAUGAAACUUGGUGUAUAGAAAACUUAUAUAAAGUUGCAGCUUGGGAUUGAUUUUGGGGUUUCUGGGAUCAAGGUCAAGGUAAUUGUUACUAAAGUUAGGGUUAGGGGUUAGGGUUAGGGUUGUGCUUCAAAGUGGUGCACUGUGAUUCAGUAUACUUUUUAUGCCCCCGAAGGGAGGCAUAUAGUUUUUGAACCGUCUGUCCGUCCGUCAGUCUGUCGGUCUGUCAGUCUGUCCGCAAUUUUCGUGUCCGGUCCAUAUCUUUGUCAUUGAUGGAUGGAUUUUCAAAUAACUCGGCAUGAAUGUGUACCACAGUAAGAAGACGUGUCGCGCGCAAAACCCAGGUUUGUAGCUCAAAGGUCAAGGUCACACUUAGACAUUAAAGGAUAGUGCAUUGAUGGGCGUGUCCGGUCCAUAUCUUUGUCAUCGCUGGAUGGAUUUUCAAAAAACUUGGCAUGAAUGUGUACCACAGUAAGACGACGUGUCGCGCGCAAGACCCAGGUCCAUAGCUCAAAGGUCAAGGUCACACUUAGACGUUAAAGGUCAUUUUUCAUGAUAGUGCAUUGAUGGGCGUGUCCUGUCCAUAUCUUUGUCAUUCAUGCAUGGAUUUUAAAAUAACUACACAUGAAUGUGUGACACAGUAAGACGACGUGUCGCGCGCAAGACCCAGCUCCGUAGGUCAAAGGUUAUAAACUCUAACGAAAAAAUACUAUAUCAUUCUGUGUUAUUAUAUUAUUAUAGGUUUUAGUGAGGACUUUAGUCACAUUACGUUUAGUUACUGGACAUAUACAUUUCAUUGGCCAAAAUAAAACUUUUCCAAUUCUUUACAAAAUUGGACUGCCAGGAUACACUACUUGCUUUACAAAAUCAAAAUUCUUUAAAUUAUUUUAAAGGAAUUUGACCAAAAACAAAUUAAAAAUAAAGCUUGCAGUGCAGAAUUGUUUCCAAUAACUAUAUUGUGGGAAAUUUUUUUAACGGUAUGUAUAGAUAUUCAUUUUAUGUCACUGACAUAAUGUGUGGGGAAAUCAUGUAAUGUGUAGGGAAGUCAUGGGAAAUGUAUAAUGUUUUGUUCACUUAGAUGCAAUAAACGAGACUUGUCAAGUCAAAAAGGACCAUCUUGCAGAAUUUGCGGAAAAAUGUUUUAAACAUUUUUAAAAGUUAAAUAUGAUCAUUAUUAUUUUAGGUUGCAGUUUUGAACUUACAAUGUUACAAAUACUACUUUCAUACUCACUAAGAAUAACAGAUGACGUAUUUGUACAACUAAUUUGGGAAAAAAAUCUACAACUGGUUCUUUUAAACUUCACAAAUCCAAAAUGAAAUAUAUAAAUAUAUAUAUAUAUGUUAUGUAUAAGAUAUUGAGAAUGUUGACACAAGAGGAUAUAUAUAUAUGUGAUCUGACAUAAUAAACUGUUACUCACUGUGAUAUAAAA